AAAUUUCAUUGCAAAUUAUUCCUUCUGUUUCCAAAGUUCAGAGAUGAGUGCCAUUAUUUAUGUUGCCUUUACAGUAUUGCUAUUUAAGUUGCAUGCAUGGAAAUCUUAAGCCUAUUUUCUAAUAUGCCACGGCAAUAGAUUUUGUUUUUAACCCUAGUCAGCAAAGAAAUGUCUAUAUCUUUAUUUGUUGCAAGAGUUUUUAAAAAUAAUGUUGAAGCCUUUGAUUACAUUUCUGUUCUGAUUUCUGGAAUCCACCUUCGCUCUCUGAACAUCGAACAGACCUUCCCCUUUUCAGCUUCCAAGAUGCCAGUAUUCAUUAUCCUGAGCCUCCUCCUCCGUGAUGUUGUAUCUGGUAGUCCAGCCCAGGCAAGUUCCUCGUCUUACUCCGGAGAAUAUGGCGGCAGCAGUGGGGAACAUUUUGACCAGUCCAGGAAUCAGCUGGAUGGUCCCAUAACAGCUCUGAGAAUACAGGCAAACAACAAGUAUAUACUGAGCAUCCAGGUUCGCUACGGCGGCCUGUGGUCCAGGAUUGAAGGGAACCCCUCGGGGAGCCAAUCUGUGAUGCCGCUGUUUCCUGGAGAAGGCAUCGUGCAAGUCUUGGGCCGCUUCGGAAGCUUUGUGGAGUAUAUUGCCUUCCGCACCAACCUCGGCCGUGUCUUUGACUACGGGGCUGGCUCCAGUUUGGGGGUCGCCUUCGACGCUGAGCCUUUGUUCCCAAACACCGUCCUGCGCUACAUCAGCGGCCGCUCAGGGCCUUUGGUCAGCGCUGUCGGGUUCCACUGGGACAAAGAAGAAGGAAUUGGAGGGUGGGAUCAAUCCACUGGCUCUCCACACACCAAGAAUAACAGCCCAUAGGACAGAACUCUGAUCCAUCUGCCUUCAACAUCUCCUUGGGUAUCAAUAAAAGCAGCCAAGGGAUUAUGGGAGAAGGUAAAGCUGGAAGUCAAGAGAAUUGGAAGUGAAGUGGCAGGGAGUUUCAUGCUAUAUCCUAUCUAUAUAAAUGCAUAGAACACAUCAACCAAAAAGGAAGAAGGAAAAAGAGGCACCACAAUACAUAUGGUAUUUCUCCCUUCUUAUAACAGGACUAUAUUAUUCAACAUUAGUAUCCUAUCCAUUAUGGAGCAUAUUGUGGUAAAUAACGGUCCCUGUUUUUCAUCUCAUCCCAUUGUGUCCAUGCAUUGAUAGCGGUUGCCAGUCAUGUUCCUUAUCAGCUACAUACACAAUAAAACAUUGCCAACGCUU